AUGUCUACCACCACAUCCGGAAGAAAAAACUCAAGCCACCACCAACUAGACGAGCGGGUGUCUGCAUCAAAUAGCCAAAAUAACAUCCACGAGAAGAAUGAUGGGAAAAUUCACACAAAAGCCCGGGAGAAGGAAACGCAUGAGCUCGGGGCAGGGCAACAAAACCUGGGUCCACCAACAAGUUCAUCUUUGAGCCUGGACAAGGACCAAGACCAAGACCAACUAGAUAAUUCAGUUGCAGGAGCAAGAUUUGACCCAACUCCCAGCAAAGGCAACCGUGGACAAGACCAACACGUCACAGAUACACGGCAUCAGAUGCUGCCUAGACCCGACUACACCCCGUCAAGGAAGCCUUCUUCUGAACAAUUUGCCCCAGCCCCUAUACCGAGCCUGCCAGGCGACGGUCGACCCAUGCAGAAUAGCAAACCCACCUCCUACGAAGGAAUAUUAAAGUUCCCCAUCGAGUCAUCGCAUUCCUACUCAUAUGCCCAUUUAUCCCCCAACUCGCUUGCACUAAGACUAAACGUGCUAAAGCGCUGCUUGGAGAUCUUGAAAGACCGGCCAGACUUGUUCAAAUCCAUCACCACUUCAGAGAGCAUUGCAUACGACGACGACUGCAGCAUCAUCAGCAGCAGCUCUCAGGAUGCAGUAGCAGUCGAGGAACCCUCAAGGCCAACAACUACAGACUUUUACGCUCACCCUAAUCACAGUGUAGAUCUUAUCCACGACGUCUCGUCUCCAGCAACGCUGUUUGACAAGCAAAACAAGAAAUAUAAACUAGAGUCCAAUGCAUCGUCUGCAGCAUUGGCUGCAUUAUUCAGACCUCCCUUGCCGAGGUCAGACAGUCUACCUAUGGACCAGAACUUGGGGUCAAGAAAAGUCUCUGCUCCCCCGAUAUUGCAGGAAAGCUCAGUCACAGCAAACCAAUCCCUUGCUAAGCACAAUUUUAGGGAUGUACUCAAUCUUCUUGAGACAGACAUGGAGUCGGUCAUGACCAAUUCCGAAAUUGCAUCGACUUUGCACGAUUUGUCGCUUUCCUCGCAAAGCGACGAUCAUAAAACAAAGCAUGACAUGUUGAAAAAAAAACUCAUUUACGCGUUGGCGAUGCCAUUCUUAGAAACGACGAUACCGACAUCAUCGCUCUUGCAAAUCGAGGACGACGGAGCAUCCUUGAAGUCUGCGCAAAGUGCACCGUCUUCCACCGCAUUGAACCUUCUCAACACCAAAUCUUUAGCUAGCACCACCACAAAUAGUAAUAAUAAUGGCAAAAAGAGACCGUUCCAGUCCAUGCUUACUACCAAAUACUCGGCACCGCAGUCGGUCUUUACCAUUGAGUCAGAUAUCCCCUGGUCGGUUAAAGCAGCAAAUGACUUGGCCUGCCUCAUGUUUGGCAUUUCCAAAACAACCAUCAAAGCACUUACACUCAUGGACUUGAUAGCACCCCAGUUUCGUGAUUUUGUUAUGUCGAGAUUGACUGGCUACAACUUGGAUAAUGGCCGAGAAGACAACAUCUUGUUUGCUGGAGAAAUCGUGGCCAUUGUGAGACCCGGCGACCGCAACUUCUCUUGGACCUCCAUCUGGGCCAAGAAAAAAGGCGAAUUGAUCAUCCUCAUGUUUGAUCAAGUGCCCUGUGACGCAUUCAAUAUCAAUAUAACAAAGGGAGCCGACAAUAGCAACACUUUUUCCAUCGAUUUACUCCAAGAAGUCGCAGGCAACAUGGUCCAGGAGAACCAGUUGAACAGGCUCACCGAAUUGAGCCUGUUGAGCCAGUCCUUGAGCGACGAAUUGAGCAGCUUUAGUGAGAAAUUGAGCGGACACGAAGACCAAGGUCUCGAAGACAGCGAGUUUAUCAACAGAACAAGGUACUUUACCCUCCAGUUGGAGAAUGGCGAGGAAAAUGUCCCCUGCGCAAUCACCUCGAGCUCUUUGCCGCUCGAUGAGGAUAAUAAAUUUGGGGGGAUAAAGCUCAAAAUACACACGAUGCCAUACAUUGCUGGAAUCUUUGUUUUGGAUGCCAAAAAUUUCCACAUUCUUUCCUGCAACAAUGCCAUUGCCCGGAAUUUGUUUGGUAGGUCCUCCAGCGAGUUGAAGCAUCGGUCGAUUACCGAGCUUCUUCCGAAAUUCACCGAGAUCUUGAAUGCUGGACUUGAAAAGAAUGCCGAUUCUUUCCAACUCAGCGAAGGACUAGUCUUGCCAGAACAUUUUUUCCGAAAAUACGACGCUGUGUUGAAAUACAACGCGCUGCAACUGCAUCUGGACAGCUCAGAAGAGGACCUUUUCCUCAAAUCGCACGGGAUCGAGGGUUUGCACCGCGACGGGAAAACAAUAUUCGUCGACGUUCAAGCUCGCGCUUCAAGUCAAGAUGCAUUGAUAUUGUGGGUGACAUACUCGCGAGCCCGCAGAGAGCGCAAUCUUUCUAGAGAGUUGGACAAGCUCAGCUCGUCAACCUCGUCCAUCUCCUUGGCAUCGAGCGACAAGUCACAAAUCACCUUAAGUUCGAGAACUAGGUCUUACUCUGGCUACUUGAAAGUAUCCGACAUCAAGCAACCGCUCACGCCCAAAAGGGCCAACAACACUCACGUUUCGUCGACAUACCCGUCGUCGAUUGGAGGUGGAGGUGGAGGAGAUGGAGGAGCAGCAGCUGGCGGUCUUCCGUCUCAAAUGAAGUUGUUUAAUGACGAAAAAGAAAACGACUUGUUGGAGUUCUCACCUCGAGAAAUAACCAGGUCACUGAGCACUCGCCGAGUGGGCAGCGCGUCUUCUUGGAUGCCGAGGGGUAGCUUGGACAGUUUUAUGUUUGCCGAUUCGAUGGAGCCCGAAAAGCACGCGCACAAAUCGCAACUGGAGCUAAUGAAGUUGAAAACCAAUUCGCCUUUUUAUUCCGAAGAGGAGAUUCUAAAGAUUGAAAACUGCUCUCUUGCCGAGAUACAGGCCAAGUCCCCCAAAUGGCCAACGGAAGUUGGGCUGGCGAGAAGAACCAAAAAAUUCUCCGAGUUUACGGUGGUGAAAGAAAUGGGCGAAGGCGCCUAUGGGAAAGUUGUUCUUGCGCAGCACAAGGAAGAUCCGAUCUACCGAGUGAUUAUCAAAUGCAUCGACAAGGAGAAGAUCCUUGUCGACACUUGGGUGCGAGAUCGGAGAUUGGGGACCAUCCCCAGUGAGAUUCAAAUCAUGGCGUUCCUCAACUCUGCCCCUCACCCCAACAUCAUGAGAAUCGUUGACUUUUUUGAAGAUCUGAAAUACUACUACCUCGAGGCUCCCAUAUUUGGCGACCCGCCUGCAAUCGAUUUGUUUGACUACAUCGAAGUAAGGAAAGACUUGAGCGAGUUUGACUGCAGAUUCAUUUUCAAGCAGGCCGUCUCGUCUAUCUACCAUCUUCACAAGCAAGGCAUAGUCCACCGCGACAUUAAGGAUGAGAAUGUCAUUGUCGAUGAAAACGGCCUCAUCAAGUUGAUCGACUUUGGAUCGGCCGGCUACGUUAAACAGGGCCCAUUUGACGUGUUUGUUGGCACUAUUGAUUACGCGUCCCCCGAGGUUCUCAGGGGGGAGAAAUACGAAGGCAAGCCGCAGGAUAUAUGGGCCUUGGGGAUCCUCCUCUACACCAUGUUGUAUAAAGAAAACCCCUUUUACAACGUCGACGAGAUUAUGGAGGGCGACUUAAGGAUCCCCUACGUUGUGAGUGACGCGAGCUUGGCUUUGAUUCAAAGGAUCUUGGUCCGAGAUAUCAGCAAGAGACCCACCAUUUCGGAUAUACUAGAAUCGGAGUGGUUGCAAAUAUAA